AUGGAACCAACUGCACCCAUGGAGGCUACAUAUGAUCACAUACCUAGAGAUAAUUAUCAAAUUCAACCAAGAGAUUAUUUUUUUCCUACGGUUAAAUUUGCCACAGCCUUAAAUGGUUAUAGAUUUCCAAUGCACAUUAGAAUUGUUGGAAAAUGUCCAGAAAAAGGAGAUCGUUUUGAAGUUAAUUUUGUAACUAACAAAGAUGUUGCUUUUCACUUUAACCCAAGAUUUAAAGAAAAAGUUGUUGUAAGAAAUAAUACUGUUGAUGGUAAAUGGCAACAUGAAGAAAGAACACCUAAAGGUAAUCCAUUCAAAAAGGAGAAAGUUUUUAUACUUGACUUUUAUGCUCAGCAAACUCAUGUUAUUGCAAAAUUGGAUGAUGUUGAAGUUGCAUCUUUUGCUUUUAGAACUUCAUCAAACUCUAUUGUUGGUUUGGAAAUUCAAGGAGAAAUCGAAUUGUAUUUAGUUACAAUUUCAAAUAUCUAG